CGACAUUGCACCUGCAACCGUAAACAGAGGCAGGAGCGUUGGUAGUAGAUUAAUGGCAGCGCCAACGGCAACGAAUCCAGGAGGGUAUCAUCAACCCGCUACUCUAGAAGAAGUAAGAACGCUUUGGAUUGGUGAUUUACAGUAUUGGGUCGACGAAAACUACCUCAGUUCUUGCUUCGCUCACACUGGAGAGGUACUUUCUAUUAAAAUAAUACGAAACAAGAUCACUGGCCAGCCUGAAGGUUAUGGGUUUGUAGAGUUUGUUUCUCAUGUAGCAGCAGAAAGGAUUUUACAGACAUAUAAUGGGACACAAAUGCCUGGAACUGAACAGACUUUUAGGCUGAAUUGGGCUUCUUUUGGCAUUGGAGAAAGACGGCCUGAUGCUGGACCUGAACAUUCUAUUUUUGUUGGGGAUUUAUCACCAGAUGUUACCGAUUAUCUCUUGCAAGAGACAUUCCGAGCUAAUUAUCCAUCAGUUAGAGGUGCCAAGGUUGUGACUGAUCCAAAUACUGGUCGUUCUAAGGGAUAUGGAUUUGUGAAAUUUGGUGACGAGAAUGAAAGAAAUCGUGCUAUGACUGAAAUGAACGGUGUUUUUUGCUCAACUCGUCCAAUGCGAAUUAGUGCAGCAACUCCAAAGAAAACCGCUGCUUAUCAACAGCAAUAUGCCACAGCAAAAGCCAUAUAUCCUCUUCCAGCAUACACUGCACCAGUCCAGGUGGUUCCAGCUGAUAAUGACAUCACUAAUACCACUAUUUUUGUUGGUAACUUGGACCCCAAUGUCACGGAGGAGGAACUGAGGCCAAUUUUUCUGCAGUUUGGGGAGAUUGUCUAUGUCAAGAUUCCUGUGGGCAGAGGAUGUGGUUUUGUACAAUUUGCAACUAGGGCAUCUGCUGAAGAAGCCAUACAAAGGAUGCAGGGGCAUGUGAUUGGUCAACAGCCAGUGCGCAUUUCAUGGGGCAGGAAACAGGAUGCAACUGGCGGUUGGGGUCAGCAAGUGGAUCAAUGGAGUGCAUAUUAUGGUUAUGGACAAGGUUAUGACGCCUAUGCUUAUGGGGCAACACAAGAUCCAUCAUUAUAUGCAUAUGGUGCAUAUGCUGGUUAUCCACAGUAUCCUCAACAGGUUGAUGGUGUCCAGGAUAUGACGGGUGCUAUUCCAGUAGUAGAACAAAGAGAGGAACUUUAUGAUCCCUUGGCUGCCCCUGACGUUGACAAGUUAAACGGCGCUUACCUUUCUGUGCAUGGAAAUGCUAUACUGGGUAGACCCUUAUGGAUGAAAACAUCACUUUCCCAACAAGCAUAGGCAUCAUGGUGUCUUUCCUGAUUCAGUAUUGUUCUUGUCUUGUGCUGAAGACUGAAUUGUAGUCCGAGAAGUCUCCUUGGAUACAAAAAAACUGCUGCUUGGAGGGAAAACAAACAUUCGGUGUAGCAUUUUUUGUUAUAUCUUUUCUUUUCUGAAUUAUGUUUGAUUUUAUCUUUUGUAAAGAAGAAAAAGAAAACUAAAGCUUCAACCUUUAGCCACUCCACAAGGUUCUGUUCUCGCACAUGAAAAUGAGUCGCUUUAAUGUGCCCUUUUUAUUUA